AUGGCCAACCUGGUAUCGACGUACGGGAAGCUAGGCCGGUGGGAAAAGGCGGAGCAGCUAGAGGUGCUGGUCAUGGAGACCUGCAAGACGAAGCUCGAUGUUGGACCAUCUCGAUACUCUUUAGGGCGCCAUGCCGAAGCCAUUAGUUUGCCGAGAAUUUGCUUAGCCAAGCAUAAUACAGUAAAAUAG